UGAGCGGAACACUUGGCCAUUUUCUUAGUGGGUCCCUACUGUCCACUCAAAGUUAGCCGGAGCAUCCUACGGUCCCUGAAAUCCAAUCCCCCUCUCGCAUCACCGUCGAUUUUUUGAAUCGACAAGUCCCGACGAAGAUUCCCCCUCCGUAUCUCAUUAUCGUCGUCAUUUACUCUAUUUCAAGACAAACAAACUCCAACAAGGAAUCCAUCGUAAAAACAGAGAAUCAGCUCAAUCGAUUAGCCGAUGUUCACCAAAUUCUUCCAUAACCACGGCGCCUCACCUCAAUCUCCAAAGAGUGAUGUUGCAAAAGGAAGUUUGACGUCGGCAGAUUUAAAUCCCCGUGUGACCGUACACUAUGGAAUUCCGGCAACUGCUUCGGUUCUGGCUUGUGAUCUCAUCCAACGACUCGUUGCAGUUGGAACGUUGGAUGGGAGGAUAAAAGUGAUCGGUGGUGAAAACAUAGAAGCGCUUCUAGUGUCUCCUAAGCAGUUACCUAUCAAAAACUUGGAGUUUCUACAAAAUCAAGGUUUUCUUGUUAGCGUGUCAAAUGAAAAUGAGAUUCAGGUCUGGGAUUUGGAACAAAGGCAAAUAGCUUCCCAUAUACAGUGGGAGUCCAAUAUAACUGCUUUCAAAGUCAUUCAUGGCACUAGCUACAUGUAUCUCGGAGAUGAGCAUGGGAUGGUGUAUGUUAUAAAGUAUGAUGCUGAAGAACACAAGCUUGCCCACCUUCCUUAUUAUGUUCCCACAAAUGUUAUAGCUGAAGAGGCUGGGAUUUCAUCACCUAAUCAUCCUUCUGUUGUUGGAGUUCUUCCCCAACCUUGUUCUCAGGGAAACAGGGUACUGAUUGCUUACGAGAAUGGGUUGCUUGCCAUCUGGGAUAUUUCUGAAGAUCGAGUUGUUCUAGUUAGAGGCAAUAAGGAUCUCCAAUUGAAAGGCAGAACGACAUCUGAUUCUCCAGAAGAAAAAAAACUUGAAGUUUCUGACUGCACAUCAGACGGUGAUGAAGUGAAAGAGAUAAGCUCUCUUUGUUGGGCAUCGAAUGAUGGGUCAAUUCUUGCAGUUGGUUAUGUAGAUGGGGAUAUCAUGUUUUGGAACUUAUCAACUGCUAACCCUAAAAAGAUUCAGCAAGCUGAAAAAUCACCCAACAAUGUUGUUAAAUUACAAUUAUCAUCGGGAGAGAAAAGACUUCCUGUUAUUGUUUUACAUUGGUCUGCAAACCAAUCCUGUGGUGAUCAUGGCUGCAAGCUCUUUGUCUAUGGUGGUGAUAACGUAGGAUCGGAAGAAGUUCUAACGAUCUUAAGCCUUGAAUGGACUUCUGGAAUAGAAAGUCUGAAAUGUGUCAGCCGUAUGGACCUUACACCCAAUGGCUCUUUUGCGGAUAUGGUUUUGUUACCAACUGUGGGGGUAACAGAGAGUGGUGGCAAUUUGCUAUUUAUGUUGACAAACCCAGGGCAGUUGCAUGUUUAUGACGAUGCAUGCUUGGCCGCCUUACUGUCUCAGCAAGAGAAAACAACUUGUGUUUCUUCAGGACAGUAUGUUAUGCCCAUACCCACUGUUGAUCCAUGCAUGACUGUGAGUAAGCUUGCUUUAGUUUACAGAGAUGGGGAAUUUUCGAAGGCUCUUUCCAAGAUAGUAUCAGCCACAAAGCUUAAAGCACCACAUACUCCAGCUACAGGGAGUAGAAGGUGGCCUUUGACUGGGGGCUUUCCCAGCCUUCUUUCUGAAACUGCAGAUUAUCAAGUUGAAAGAGUAUAUGUGGCAGGUUACCAGGACGGAUCUGUUCGAAUAUGGGAUGCCACCUAUCCAGCUCUUUCACUUAUCUUUGCUCUAGGAACUGAGAUAAAUGGACAGGUGCCAGGUUUUGACGUUGCUGUUGCAAGUGCAUCAGUGUCAGCAUUGGAAAUUUGCUCCUUAACUCAAAGUGUAGCCAUUGGCAAUGAAUGUGGUAUGGUUCGUCUCUACAAACUAACAGUAACUUCUGAUGAAAUGAGUUUGAACAUUGUGAAGGAAACAGAGAAAGAAGUCCAUACCUUGCACCAAACAGAUGGCCCUCAAUGCUUGGCUGUGUUUUCACUCCUCAAUUCUCCUGUAUGUGUGCUACAAUUUGCAAAAUUUGGUACCAGACUUGCAGUGGGAUUUAAUUGUGGCAGGGUUGCAAUGGUUGAUGUUAGUACAUUUUCAGUGUUGUUCAUUACAGACAGUUUAUCACCCUCAAAUUGCCCUGUUGGUUUGUCUGCUAUGAUAUCAUUUACAGACAACGAUACCUUGGUAAACAGCCCAAGGGAUUCUGUAUCCACAAGUCUGAAUGAUAACGAAAAGUGGUUAGCAUUCGUAAUGACCAAGGAUGCAUACCUAACAGUUUUAGAUGGCACAACUGGCAAUGUGGUUAGCUCUCUGUCAAUACCUCUGAAAGCGGAGUCAAGUGCCAUCUCUAUGUACAUUUUAGAGGGUGGCAAUAUAGUCUCUACAGUGCCAUCAGAGAUCAGUGAAACUAAAUUUGAACCUGCACAUUCUAGUCCUGACCAUGGAAUUACUCCAGUAGAAGCUAAAUCUGAGAUUUCCACUCAAGUGGCAUACUUUGGGCAGAGAUUAAAGAGUUUACUCAUUUUACUUUGUUUUGAGGAUGCACUGCAUUUAUGUUCUAUGAAGUCAGUGAUUCAGGGGACCGCUGACUCCAUAUGGGCAGUCAAUCUUCCGAAGCAAUGUUCUUGGACUUCAGCCUUCAAGAUAGAUGACAAAGAGUGUGGGUUGGUUCUGCUUUACCGGACUGGAGUCCUUGAAAUAAGGUCUAUGAAAACUCUUGAGGCGAUGGGAGAAAGUUCUUUGAUGACUAUUCUUAGAUGGAACUUCAAAACUAACAUGGAAAAGAUUAUAUGUUCUUCAAAUAGAGGGCAAAUUAUACUGAUACAUGGGUGUGAAUUUGCUGCUAUAUCUAUUCUGGCCCUUGAGAAUGAGUUCAGGAUUCCGGAUUCUUUGCCAUGCAUUCAUGAUACAGUCCUUGCAGCUGCUUUUGAUGCAACUGUUAGUUUAUCUCCAAGUCAGAAUAAAAGCCAGGAUACGGCUCCUGGGAUUUUAAGUGGUCUUAUUAAGGGCUUAAGAGUAGGUAAGCUGGAUCAAAAUGUGCAAAUUCAGGAAGCUUGUAAGAAUGAUUUCUCGCAUUUGGAGAGCAUAUUUUCUAGUCCCCCAUUCUUAAAGCCUUCCAUGGCCAGCACAGAUUGGCAAGAAGUACUGGAUCUUAACAUAGAUGACAUUCAAAUUGACGAACCUGUAACCAUCUCAUCUUCUUCCGAGAAGAUCAAGAAUGACAGUAAAGAGCAAAGAACAGAGAGAGAAAGAUUAUUUGAGGGUGCUGGUACUGAUGCAAAACCAAGGCUCAGAACAGCCGAGGAAAUCAGGGCUAAGUAUAGAGGAGCUGAGGAUGCUGCAGCUGCAGCUGCAAGUGCCCGGGACAGGCUUGUAGAGCGGCAGGAAAAACUCGAGAGGAUCAACGAACGUACUCAAGAGCUACAAAGCGGGGCUGAGAACUUUGCCUCCAUGGCAAAUGAACUUGCCAAGAGAAUGGAAAAGAAAAAGUGGUGGAAUCUAUGAACUCGGAUGGCUGCCAAACGAACCUAUUGAGCAUUCAGCUAAGGUAGCUGCCAUUGUCAUAAUCAAGUUUCUUUGGUGUGAAAUUAAAAUUAUUUGUUACAAUCCAUGCACCCGAGCAUUCAGUCAAUAAUACGAAGAAACGUAUAUUUUUUACUCAAAAAAUAAAAUUCGAAUCUCUUCUACCCCAAUCA